CAAAGGUGACCAGUAAAGUUCUCUCUGAGCAGCCAAAAAGCAGACAGCUCAUGACUUCUGAUCAGGACACUAAAGUUGUGGCUGGACCGCAGGUGCAGCAAGUACAAGAAGUUAAAGACGGUUCUCAUCUUGAGUCCACCAAGGUUUCUGAGUUAAAUCCUAAUGCAAAGGUGUGGGGAAAUCAUAUGUUACAUUUGGAAGCAAGUGGUGCCACUGAUGGUAGCGUGAGCAAAACUUGGGAAGAAAUACCUGACCAACCUCCAGAUUCUUGUAAAGAAGGACUGGAUGCCAAUGGUGAUGGCAACAAAAAGCAUCAGAAUGCAGUGCUGACAGAGCUGCAGGAGCCAUCACCAGCUGUUUCGGUGUCAGACCAGACAGAUAUGAACCCUUUGGCACUCGAUCAUUCUGAGUAUGAGUCUAUACAUGAAACCACUCAGACAGGUGGAAACGAACAGCUGCAGCCAGAAGGUCAGGAAGAUUUACGAGAAUUGCUGAAAAAAACACUGGAAUUCUGCUUAUCCAGAGAGAAUCUCGCCAGUGACAUGUACCUUAUAUCACAGAUGGACAGUGAUCAGUAUGUGCCAAUAAUGACAGUAGCAAACCUCGAUCAUGUCAAGAAACUCAGUACUGAUAUGGAUUUGAUUGUUGAAGUGCUGAGAUCGUUGCCUUUAGUCCAAGUGGAUGAGAAGGGAGAAAAAGUUAGGCCAAACCAGAAUCGCUGCAUUGUGAUUUUACGUGAAGUACCUGAAUCUACCCCCAUUGAAGAGGUUGAAGCACUUUUCAAAGGAGAUAAUUUGCCUAAGUUUAUCAACUGUGAGUUUGCCUACAAUGACAAUUGGUUCAUCACAUUUGAAUCUGAAGCCGAUGCACAGCAGGCUUACAGAUACCUUAGAGAAGAAGUGAAAACUUUCCAAGGAAAACCAAUUAAGGCAAGAAUAAAAGCAAAGGCAAUAGCUAUAAACACAUUUUUGCCAAAGAAUGGAUAUAGACCCCUGGAUAUGAACCUCUACACGCAGCAGCGUUAUACAACAUCCUUUUACUUACCUCCAGUAUACAGUCCCCACCAGCAGUUUCCGUUGUACAGCUUAAUCGGCCCACAUACCUGGUCAGCCACACACAGCUACCUUGACCCCUCAUUGGUAACACCAUUUCCAAAUACUGGAUUUAUCAAUGGGUUCACAUCUCCAACCUUCAAGCCUGCUGCUUCUCCACUGACUACACUCAGACAAUAUCCUCCAAGGAACAGGAAUCCUAGCAAGUCUCAUAUACGACAUACAAUACCCAGUGCAGAAAGGGGACCUGGGCUUCUAGACAGUCCUACAAUAUUCAACUUUUCUGCUGAUCGUUUAAUCAAUGGCGUCAGGAGUCCACAGACGCGGCAGCCGGGACAGAACAGGACACGGAUGCAGAAUGCUACUACGAGUUAUACCAAGAGGGAAGUAGGAACUGGACGGAUGGAACAGACCAGCGUUGACUCCUCUCCUGGACUAGGUAGAGGAAGGAAAAACUCAUAUGGCUACCGAAAGAAAAGAGAGGACAAGUUUACA